GAGGUAUCCUGGGGCGUGAGCGAGUGAGCUCUGUCUCUGGAACUGUGCACCCCCGCUCCGCUCUACGCACUGUUCACGCUGGUGUUGGCGGUAUUCCACGUUCCAUAACUUCACUCAGUUGAUGAGACAGAUACUCCUCGACCAGAAUAUUCCUCUGUCGUGCGCUUUAUUUUACUGUCUUUUCUACUUACCUUUGUAUUAAACCUAUGUAAUUUCCAAUCAGCCGAGGAGUACUUUCUUGGUGAUAUUAAGGGUUCUAAAUUAACUGGAAUAAUUGUUUUAGCUUUGCAAGACUGAUCAUUUUAUUUUUGUUAAAAAAUCGAAUCGAAAUCGUAAAACUUGUCAAGAGUAUGGGGAAACAGGCAGCGUGAAUCUAUCUAGUCUAGAACAAAAUGUGUGUUCGCGGACAAGUGUGAUUCCAGCGUACAUUUCAGUGUGCUCCCUCUUUAUACUUGUACUUUAUACAUUUUAAUGUUCACAUCGUGACUGGACCUCGCAGUAACGGGGCGUUUGAGGACAAAGGUGACCAAAGGAAAACCAGGCUUGGAGAGUGAGAAGAGCGGGCUGACCUCGGGAAACAAGAAGCACAGGGUCAAGGGAAGACCACUUGUGCAGCCCCCUCAUCAUGGAACUGGUCGAGGAAGAGGACGAAGAACCGGAAGUGAAGCCCCAUCGAAAGCGAGUGAAUUUCCGGCGGGAGAUGCUUCGCUACCAGAGCCUGCGGAACCCCAUUAGCGAAUCCCAUAUACCAGCGCCAGACGAGGAGGAGGAGAUGGAGGACAAAGAGGGCAACAUCUGGAGGAACUUUGUGUCUCAGUGCUCUGCCACCUUCUUGGCUGUCUUUGCUGUAAUACCCUCAAGAAACCUACAGACGAGUAUUCACUCUGACGGCCAGCUGGGUAAAAUCUCUCUAGUCUGCAUGUACUUCAGCUACAUAGUCGGCUGCCUCCUCACCUCCCUCAUUUUGAGAAAGAUCCGCGCCAAAUCCUUACUCCUCAUCUCCCUUUUCUUCCACAUCCUUUACUCUGUCUCUAACGUUAUCCCGUCUGCGUACACACUCCUCCCCGCCUCCUGCUUCGUGGGACUGAGUCAGCCUGCAUUCUGGGCAGUGCAGGACUCACUGCUGCUCAACUAUGGGCUCCAGUACGCCGUACGUGCACGCCUAACUCCGCACAAAUCACUUCGUCUUUUCCAAACUGUCACCAUUAUCACGAUCCACUCUGCACAGAUCCUCGGAAACCUUCUCAGCUCCGGGUUAAUUUCUGUCUCAGAAUUUCACUGCACGGAAAGUUGGGACAUCGUCAACACAUCCUCCUCACACCAGUCGUCAUCAUCGUCCUCUCGCUCAUCUGGACGACAACAACAGAGAAAUGACAAAUGGACGUACACGCUUCCUUUCAUUCCCAUACAAGCCAGGAGAUCCACAGAACCGUCGCCACCAGUAAACUUUUACCAGCUGCUCACUCUGAUCUAUCUGUGCAUGUCCGUGGUGGCAAUGGGCGCAGUGCUCAUCUUCUUCGAGAGCCCGGACACCGUGCUUCAAAGAAGGGUGAUUUCCUGGCGGGAGCGUUUCAAGGACAUUCGACGGUGCCUCACGGACCCACGCUGGCUUUUGGCCUGGGCAGCUGCAGCCUAUGUGGGUUUUGCACAGGGCGUCAUUAUGUGCGACAUCACAAAGCUGUAUGGCACAGACAGUAUGGGUUGCUACAUCGUGGGCUACAUGAUGGUCUCAUUCGGCACUGGAAACCUUCUGGCGAUUCUUGCUCUGGACAAACUCAGGCUCUGCGCCACUCACCCGAUCUUCCUCUCUCUAGGAUUCCUGAUGAACAUCGGGGUGCUCAUUCUGACGUCACUGUGGAAACCAGGUCCCAGCCAAUCAUCGGAGCUGCUAUUGUACACUGCCAUGUGGGGGCUCGCGGAUGGAACUCUGCAGGCUCAGUCACAGGCCGUGGUCACUCGUUACGCUACCGAGGAAAAGGAUACAGCCAUGACCGGCUUCCGUGUGUGUCAAGGGUUGGGAUUGAUCGCCAGCUUCCUAUCCUCAAUCUUUGCACACAACUUGAUGACGUCAUUGUAUGUUGCUCUCGUUCUCCUCGUCAUGGGAUUUCUGGGUCUGAUCUUUGUGGCCAAUGACAUCGCGCGACGCGACCGGACGUCUGGCACUGACCAGGGUUCCACAGAUGGACAAGAAGCUGACCACAGUGGCGCUAACUUGACCACUGAAAACGAAGCCGAGGUCACAUGAAAUGAACAAGACGUGACUCAGAACUUUGAACAGUUCAAAAAUAUAGACUAAGUUAAUUUGUACUUUAAGAUUUUGUGAAGGAUUUCCAUGAAAAUCAUUUAAAAUAUUAUGUUAAAAGAAAUUUUGCUUCCUGACAUUUAUGUGGUUCAACUAAGAAUUCGCGUGUAUAGCUUUUUCCCCCUAAUGUACUGAAAUAGAGACGCUAGAAACAGACAUGCACACAAAAGAUGAAUGAUAUUGGUCUACUCCUAAAAAUUUACAUUUAUUUAUAAAACUGAACACGCACACACACACACACACACACACACACACACACAC